AAGAGAACCAAUAUAUUGAGGUCUAAUACGCUUAUCAAAAUGCUUUAACAUUUUUAAUAAUAACUAUUAAAUUAUGUAGCUAACUACUAUUUUAUAUGCAACAGUUAAUUUUUUGUUUAUAAAUUGAAAAUUGAAUUUACUUAUCAGUUAGCUUGCGGCAGUCAACAUCACCAAUCACAUAGCAAGCAGCUUGUUGAUGCUUACCUCACACAGUUUCAUCACCGCUAAUUGGUGCAUAGCUAUCGAUAUGCGCUUGCAUCGAUAUAAACAAAAGCAGCUCUAAUAUUUGCAUCGACGCCAAUUGUGACGACACAAACAAGCAACUAAAAAUUAAAAACACAAAUGUAAAAGUCAAACAAAAAAUUAAUUGGCUAUUCAUUCCAAAAUGAGUGCCUACAAUCGUAAAGUAUUUAAAAAACACUGCUUCGGCAGAAAAUCUCUUGAUGCGGACAGUGCAAUGGAAGAAUCGGGCUACGCAUCCUUCAGAGUGCUGCACAACUCAACCGUGGAGGCGCCAUUUUUAUUUGAACGUGAUAGCGAGUCGGAGAACUGCCGCAACGCAUCGAAUACAACACAUUCACACUUCAAUUCGAUACAAUUCCAAACGCCGGAUAGCAGCAACUGCAACGAUUCCAAUUCCACACUUUGGCACAAAUCGUUUAGCCUGCCCGCCGUCAGCUGCGUGCAACUGGAGGAGAGCGAGGAUGAGGAUGCUCAGUCAUGCAAGUCACCGCUGCUGCAGUUUUCCAAUCAACUACAAUGUGCGGGCAAACGCCGCAAAUCACAUUACCAGCCUAUGGCUCAUCACAGUAGUCCCAAAAAGUCGAAGAGAAACCUCUUUCCACAGCCACCUCAGGAUUCCCUUUGUCGCACCCGCUAUUAUGACGGCUGCGAACACCUGGACAUCGUGGGCAUGCUCAGCAAUACGCUGCCCGCGCUAGAAUGCAUUCUGUCCCACGUCAGCUCACACACACUGGACGACAUGACCAAGGUGUCGAAGCGCUGGGCGCAAACGGUGCUCAAGAGUCAGCGGGCAACGGAGCGUCUGCACAAUCAUCGCUUUAAGAUGAACCUCACCAAGGAGAACACCGCACAGCCCCUGAAGCAUGGACGAAUGAUGUCCAAGAACUCGAAUAACAAUUUAGUGCCAUUUCAACCAUCCAAUGCCAUUCGGAGACCAAACAAACAAGAUAGCCAUAAGAUCGAGCCCAAAGAUGAGAACUGCCCGCUGGUGGAGCAGGUGCAACGCAUCAAGUGUCCACGUUGCGGCAAGUCCAGCAAAGUAUUCUACAGCAAGACACCCGCUGAGCAAACGCCGAAAUUGAAUCGUCAGCUGCUAUCCCGAGCUGCCCUUUCAAAUACAUUGCCACAUGCCAAGUCCUUUAACGAGCCAAAGACGGGGCUCAUCCGCUUCUAUUCGCUGGACGAGGUGAAGAGUUCGCCGAUCGGGCAGGCCAACGGACCCUCUCAACCCUACUCCAUAGGCGAAUGCACCAGCGUCUUUUGCAAGUUCCGUUUCUGCGUCCACUGCUGCUGCCCGCCGCAUCCUGGCGAAAAAUGUUUGGUCACAGAGAUGGGCACGCCCUCGAAAGUGAUGAUGCCCAGUGAGAAUAUUACGCCGCCCAAGCGCAAUCAAAAAUUCGACUAUAAACUGAGUCGUAAGAAUUCGCUGAAGCGCUUAAACUUUUAAGCAGAGAGCAGAAGAACAUCGAACAAAAAGCAUUAAAAAACAAAUAUCUGUAUUUUUAGUCUUAGUUAUAUGAACAUUCAACUGUACCAAGGUUUUUGUUUUAAAUGUUUAACUAGUAUUAUAAUCGUCGACAUCGCAUCAACUUAGAAUGUUCACAU